AUGGCCGAUUCAGCAACUGAUCCCACUGCCAAUGGCAGUUCUGGCAACACUCUAAAAGGCAGUAUGUAUCCCACAACGACAAUAACCACGACCACUCGCCCCCUCGAUAUCAUGAUCACUAACCUCUCUCGAACAGAUGCUCAAGCCGCCUACAGCCAGAUCGCUAGUGGCCCUGUCGCCCAGAACGUCAAGGAUCAGAGUGCAAAGACAACUGCCGAAUUUUCCAAUCUGGCCAACUCCCGACAAACACCUUCUCAGCCCGCUGCCACUGGCCAGCCUCUGACUCACUACCACUCGUUCUUUUCUGAGUUGCUAUCAUGGAACAACCCUCGAGCUUCCGCCAUCGCGUACGUUUCUAUUGUCUCGUUGAUCUUCGUGGCUAGAUACCUCGACCUCAUUCGAUACACCUUCAAGCUCACGUGGAUGGCCUUGGGCGUCACCGUCCUUGCCGAAGUCGCUGGUAAGACAGUACUCGGCAACGGUCUUGCUACUCAGCUCCGACCUCGCAAGUACUACACUGUUCCCAGGGAAACACUCGACUCUUUGAUCGGUGACGUUCACGAGCUUAUCAACUUCUUCGUUAUUGAAUCCCAGCGAAUCCUGUUCGCCGAAAACGUGACCGCAUCCGCAGUUGCUGCUUUUGGAGCAUUCCUCUCGUACUACCUUGUCAAGAUCGUCCCGUACUGGGGUCUUGCUCUGGUCUCUACCACUCUCCUGUUCUUUGUUCCCCUGGUUUACACGACCAACCAGGAGCUCAUCGACCACCACCUUAAGCAGGCCUCCGACGUAAUCGAGAGCCAAACCGAGCAAUUACGCCAGGUUGCUAACAAGCACACCGCCCAAGCAACCGAGAUUACCAAGCAAUACUUAGGUGACUACACCGCCAAGGCGCAGCAGAUGAUCCGCGGCCAAACCGCUUCAUCGAAGUCGACUCAGUCCCACCUAAACGAAUCCGACUUCCCCAAGGCCCCCAAGGAGGGCUUUAACAAGAAGGAAGAGGAGGAAUCUUCCGAGGAAGAAGAUGAGGAGGAGCCUCUCAUUGCUGCCUAA